GCUGAGUAGCAGAUCUUUGAAGCCAGCAUAUGAUAAGCAUCACACGCCCCUUAGUGCCACCCCCAGGCUACUCAUACAGUACAUGGAGAGACUAGAAAGGGCUGUCUUGUAAUGAAACUCUCAUACAGGGGUUGACUGUACCUUUGCUGCACUACUUGACAGUCACUAGAACACUAUGCCAAGCAUAUGACCCGAGGUCACUUAGAUCACAGCAGCUAAAUGCUCACAGAGAUAUGAUGUUUAUACAGUACUUCUUAGGCAAUUAAAGAUUUAACAAGACAAGAGGAGCUCCACCUUUGCAAACUAAGUAGCUACUGAUCAUAUUGACUUGUUCUAUUUGAAUGAAGACUUGAAGAAUCAUGGUGCACAAAUUCAAGCAGACCUGCUCUGAUUUCCUUUUCGAGUAUGACACUCCUCGGAUGGUCCUGGUCCGGGAUAAGAAAAUUGGGCUGACAUUCAGAGUCAUCCAGCUGGGUGUGCUGUGCUACAUAAUAGGAUGGGUGUUCCUGUAUGAAAAAGGCUAUCAGUCCAAGGAUGACAUCAUUAGCUCUGUGUCCGUAAAAAUGAAAGGCCUUGCUGUAACCAAUCUUUCAAACAUGGGCGUAGAGAUUUGGGAUGUUGUAGACUAUGUGUUCCCACCUCAGGGAGACAGCUCUUUUGUGGUAAUGACCAACUUCAUCAAGACCCCAGAACAAAAAUUGGGGUACUGCAAUGAGCUUCCAGAUGUAGCAAGAUGUGAAAGCAACGAUGACUGCAGGGGAACAACAAAACGACAGAGUCAAGGAGAGACCUAUGAUCCACCACUGAGUCAAUCAGGAGUCAUGACUGGAAAUUGCACAUUUUACAAUGAAACACUGAAGACCUGUGAGGUCUAUACCUGGUGCCCUGUAGAAAAUGAUUACAAAGUGCCUAAGCCUCCAUUAUUACUAGCAGCUGAAAAUUUUACUCUGUUCCUUAAAAAUAGCAUUACUUUCCCUAGACAUCGAGUUACCAGACAGAAUUUAGUAGAGUCCGUAACCAGUGAUUACCUGAAGACAUGCAUUUACCAUAAAGAAAAAGACCCAUUGUGUCCCGUGUUCCAGCUGGGAUAUAUAGUAGAGCAAGCAGGGCAGGCAUUUAAAGAUAUUGCCUACAAGGGUGGGACAGUCGGAAUUGUCAUUGACUGGCACUGUGAUCUUGACUGGCCUGUAAAGUACUGCUUGCCAACAUAUCAUUUCCAUGGGCUUGAUGAUUCUUCAAACAAGGUCUCACAAGGGUUUAACUUCAGGCAUGCAAGAUACUACAAGGAAGAUGGAAUUAACAAAAGAACAUUAUUCAAAGUUUUUGGCAUCCGGUUCGACAUCUUGGUAAACGGAGAGGGAGGGAAAUUUGACAUAAUUCCAACAAUGACUACAAUAGGUUCUGGAAUUGGUAUAUUUGGAGUGGCGACGGUUGUAUGUGAUCUAGUGUUGCUUCAUGUUCUGCCAAAAAGGAACUACUAUAAAGGGAAGAAAUUCAAAUACACAAAAGUUGAUCAAAAAACCAAUCUAGAGAAAGAUGAGGACUUAUCUCAUUCAAAUAACAGCACAGUUCCCAGUCCUGUUACGGCAAACUGCUAAUAGGAGACGAUUUCUGUUUGUAAACAGAACCAGCAGGAACACAAAGGGAUGGUGAAUUCUGACCAGCAUAUCAGGUUUUGGUUACACAGUGAUCCAAGAAUUUUGUAUCAGUGAACCCAGAACAUUGUGGAUAUUCUCCUUUUUUGCAUUUUGACUGCAGUUCCUAAAAAGUCCACCACAACUAAAUUAUUGUAUUUUUUGUAUGAAAUAAAAGUGGUAUAAUGGUAUCAUUUUA